AGGAACAACAUUCGAUGGACUGUUUUUUUAAUCUUGUGCAGUAAUUCUGAUACGAAACUUCUGUCAAGUCUGCCUCGAAUACCCAACGAGAUGAAUUCAACAAUUCUCAUUCUACUACUUGUUCUCAUCAGCUUCGGUGAUGCUUCUAGAAGACGUCGUUACUAUAGUAGACGUCGUUCCUACAGCUCUUACAUUCAUCACCACCAUCAUCACCACCACCACCACCACUACAUUUGCGGAGAUGAAGAAGGAGUUGACGGUGCAAAGAUUACCACAGAUCAACUAGAGAAUCAAGCCGAAGCAAGAAUUGAAGAUAAUGGGUCUGAUGAAGCGAAGGACGAGUAUGAUGAUCCCUUUCAAGACGAAUUGCAAGAAGUAUCUAAUGAUCAACAGUAAUCCCACAUGAACGAUUUCUCUGACUCGGAAAGGACUCGAAUAUUUGCAAAAUAUACAAAUUGCUACUUUUCUUUUUUAUAUGUGAUCAAUAAACGUUUAUCGAUGCAUUA